AUGACAGCUUCCUCGACGCAAACUCUGGAGUCAGACACUCACCAUGAACGUCUUCAUCUUGUCGUAGAUGGGACAUCGAUCGACCUUGCCGUUGUCCGACGAGGCGGCGAGGCGGUUCCCAUCCUAUUCCUCCAUGGAUGGGGCAGCUGUAAGGAAGACUACACAGACAUCCAGCUGCUGCCCGACUUCGCCGAUCGCCCAUUCAUUGCUUACGAUGCCCCAGGAUGCGGCGACACGCGAUGCAGCGACCUCGCCCAGGUCAACAUCGGCUUCCUGUGCAAGACCGCCGAAGCCGUUUUACAGCACUUCAACAUCAAGAGAUUCCAUUUGGUCGGCCACUCGAUGGGGGGCUUGACCGCGCUCCAGCUCGCUCACAGAAACCCGUCGGCCGUCUGUAGCUUCAUCGAUAUCAAGGGUAACCUAGGCCCGGAGGACUGCUUCAUCUCCCGGCAAGUCAUGGACUUCCCGGUCGACAAGGCAGACGAGUUCUUGGAGGGCUUCAUCUCGGCUACGCGGCAGGCCCCUUUCUACUCGGCCCCAUUGUAUGCCGCUGGGCUCCGGGAACGCGUCCAGGUGGGCGCGAUCAGGGGCAUCCUCGAGUCCAUGGUGCAGCUGUCGGACAACGACGAUCUCCAGGGGAAAUUCCUCGCGCUGCCCUUUCCAAAAAUGUUCAUGUAUGGAGAGCAGCAUUCGACCCUGUCGUAUCUGCCAGUCCUGAAGAGCAGUGGUGUUGAGUUGGCAGAGAUCCCACGUGCGGGGCAUUUCCCAAUGUACUCUAACCCAGUCGCGAUGUGGGAUAGGAUAGAAGCAUUUGUGAAACACGACAGAUAG